AAAUGCCCGGCAAACAAUCUGAGGAAGGGCCGGUGGAGGUGAGGACUUCAGAGGAUGGCGAGGAGGAGGGCCUGGGCGGUCUGACUGUGGAGGAACUCCAGCAGGGCAAGGAGGCUGCUCUGGCUCUGGAGGACAUGAUGACGCUGAGUGCUCAGACCCUGGUCCGGGCCGAGGUGGACGAGCUCUACGAGGAGGUGCGUCCCCUGGGCCAGGGUCGCUACGGCCGAGUCCUUCUGGUCACCCAUCGUCAGAAAGGCACGCCCCUGGCACUGAAGCAGCUUCCCAAACCCCGGACGUCCCUCCGCGGCUUCCUGUAUGAGUUCUGCGUGGGCCUCUCGCUGGGCGUGCACUCGGCCAUCGUGACAGCCUACGGCAUUGGCAUCGAGUCGGCACACUCCUACAGCUUCCUGACGGAGCCCGUCCUGCACGGGGACCUCAUGGCCUUCAUCCAGCCCAAGGUGGGCCUCCCGCAGCCCGCAGUGCACCGCUGCGCCGCGCAGCUAGCCUCCGCCCUGGAGUACAUCCACGCGCGCGGCCUGGUGUACCGGGACCUGAAGCCGGAGAACGUGCUGGUGUGCGACCCCGACUGCCGGCGCUUCAAGCUGACCGACUUCGGCCACACUAGGCCUCGCGGGACGCUGCUGCGCCUGGCCGGGCCGCCCAUCCCCUACACGGCCCCCGAGCUCUGCGCGCCCCCGCCCCUCCCCGAGGGCCUGCCCAUUCAGCCCGCCCUGGACGCCUGGGCGCUGGGGGUCCUGGUCUUUUGCCUCCUCACGGGCUACUUCCCCUGGGACCAGCCCCUGGCCGAGGCCGACCCCUUCUACGAGGACUUCCUCAUCUGGCAGGCCUCGGGCCAGCCGCAGGACCGUCCUCAGCCCUGGUUCGGCCUGGCCCCCGCGGCCGAUGCGCUUCUGUGGGGGCUGCUGCACCCUCACCCCCGAAGGAGGAGCGCCGUGAGCAUCAUCAGGGAGCACCUGGGGCGCCCCUGGAGGCAGCGGGAGGGCGAGGCUGAAGAAGUGGGAGAGGUGGAAGAGGAGGCCCGGCAGUGAGCGGGCCUGGGGCUGGCAGAGAGGGAAGCCGCCCCACCCGAGGCCUCGAGGCUGUCGCUUGGCGGCUGUUAGUUUCUCCUCUGUGUGUUUUCAUCCCUGGGGCUUGGGAUCCCCUCGGUGUCCUCCUCCUAGCUCCUCUCUGCAGGCUGCAUCCCUCCCUUGGUCCACGGGGGCCUCAGACCUCUGUGCGCCCCUCCGUACCUACUGCCACCUUCCCAGGGGGGUCUCAGACUUCCGCGUGCCCCUCCGUACCUGCCACCGCCUUCCCCAGGGCCUCUGCACUUGCUGUUUGCUCGGGGCUCAUCCCCUCACGCCCUGCACUUUUAUUUUUUUUGAGACAGGGUCUUGCUCUCCCAGGCUGGACUGCAGUGACUUGAUCUCAGCUCACUGCAGCCUCAAAAUCCACAGCUCCAGCGAUCCUCCAGCCUCAGCCUCCUGAGUAGCCGGGACUACAGGCUCGGCUAAUUUUUAAAACUUUUUAGAGUUGGGGGAAGUCUUGCUGUGUGACACAGAUGGGUCUCAAAUUCCUGACCUCAAACAAUACUUCUGCCUCCAUCUCCUGAGUAGCUGGGAUUAAGGGGCUGCAGCACCAUGCUCAGCUAAUUAAAAAAAUUUUUUUUUAAUAGAGAUGGGGGUCUUGCUAUGUUGCCCAGGCUAGUCUCAAACUCCUGGUCUCAAGCAAUUCUCCAGCCUCGGCCUCCCACAGUGCUGGGAUAUCAGCUGUGUGUACCAAAUUAUUACAGUCUGCCUCCCCAUCCCCCCACUCUACUGUUUCUCUAGGAUGUGUGUCCUCUUCUAACUGCAUGGCUUAGUUUUUGUGGUUAUUUUGUGCUUUGCCCAUCCCAUUUGCUGACGGACCCCAUGUACUCAGCGAUGGCCUGCAGCAGGGGUCGGGAAAUGUCUAUGAAAUAAACGAGCCGGUGUGGUGUGGCAAGGCCUCCUCUCCGUCCCUGUCCUCCCGACGUCCUCUCCCUCCUCUCCAGCCGGGUCUCCCUCCCACCUGGCACCACCCUCUGUGAUGUGCUUGCCUUCUCUCACCCCAGUGGCUCUGCAAAUAAACUCCAUCUGGCACUCCCAUCCCAGUGCUGCUGCAAGUCUGCUCAGCAACGAGAAGGGGGGUGUGCAUCAGAGGGUGU